AAAAAGCUGCAGCGCACGGGUGUUGUCAUAAAUUUGCCAAUGUUCCUGAAAGAAAGACGACAUCGACCGAGUCCCUCUACUGUUAGAAAUAAAAGGAUUUUAAAUUGAGAUUUCAGAUCGAGUCUAGGUCACACAGUCGACGAGCUGCUGUUUCCUGGGGGGGUUCUGAUUUGGGCGCAACCCGUGUGCGUCUGAAUAUUCUGUCCGUGUGGAAGAUUUUCAGAGUUUUUGUAGACAAAAUGGACGAAUUUAAAGCCUGUAAUCUGGAUUUCUGCCCUGAGAACAUUUUAAUAGAUGUUUUAUCGUAUUUGAACGUUAGAGAGCUUGUCAGAGCUGGGAGAGUGUGUAAGAGGUGGAAACGCCUUGUUAAAGACCAAAGACUAUGGAGGAAUGUUGAUUUGACCUCAUGGAAAGGGGUGACCUCCCGCAUCCUUUGGGUCCUCCUGCGCCAGUUCCUGGGUUGCGGACUGAGGAGCCUUCGCUUGCGGGGUCUGCUGCUCUCUGCCCGAGGCGGCACCUUCCUCUCCGAGGCGUGGCUCAAAGCUCUGUCCACGAAAUGCCCGCGCCUCAGCAAGCUCUACCUCCUCCACUCAGAUCUGCGGAGUUUGCCCAGCUGCCGGGCCUUCCCUCCGUCUCUGAGGGCGCUGGAGCUGUGCAGCUGCGAGCUGCCUCGGGAUUUUUUCAGCCAAAGCCUGCCCGCUGCACCUCACGACCGAGCAGAAGCCACGUCCAGUGCUUCGCAACAAAGACAGGAGAAGAGAGGCAAAAGGCUCAGCUGUCAUUCGGGAAUCGGCAUCGAGAAGUUGGCCCUUAACAACGUGCCUUCGUUUACAGACCAGCACCUUCAGAGCCUGACGUCGUGGGAAAGGCUGAGUCGACUGGAGUUACGCGACACCUUUCGUGUAACAGCAGACGGGCUCCAAAGCUGUGCGGUUAAUGCAGCUGUGGGUGUGGAAAGGCUUUCCAGACUUAAAUUUCUCGAAAUAGGCGUUACGGGACGACAAGGCUACCCRUUGCAGAUGGCCUCCCUUGGGUUGAGGGCAGGCUGGAUUGGACUCGAGGAGCUGAGCCUUGGAGGUAAGGAGGUGGCGCCGGGCCUGUUCUGCACCAGCUAUCUGAAGGACCUGAAGCACCUGUGUCUUUGGGCCUGCACGCUAAGCGAGCUGCAGGUUGUGCGGAGCUGCCGGUCGAUCAGUGGACUCCGCCGGCUGGAGUUUCUGGAUGUGAUUUUCCAGCCGCGGCAGAUCCCGGACGAGGAACAGGGAGGUGGCGAGGAACGGCAGGACGAAGAGGAAGGAGGUGCGGAUGACGAUGUUAGUGAUGGAAACAGGACUCAGGAUGGAAAUGACCCGUUCCUAAGUCUGCGGCGAUCACUGACUGAAAAGCUCCCGUCCUGCGCUUUAGUUUUCACCAACUGCACUGUUCAAAUCAACCCAGACUGAAUGUCAGCAUGAAAUCCCUUUUCUAGGGCAGAUGUGGCUCAAAACUAAAAAAAAAAAAUUUUGGCCAAUAAUUUAAACCUUGGCUUCCUAAAUUCAUAUAUUGAAGUGUCCUUGAGGAAGCAUCCUGAUGCAUCUCACUAAUCCAGGUAGAAAAAUCUAAAAAAAAAUUGUUUAACUUUAAAGAUGUCCUUGAGGAAGAAACUGAACUAUACAUUAGUCCAGAGGCUUUCAUCGUGUUGACUGUAAUUCAUCUGUGUGUAUGAUAAAAGUUUUUGUGUGUUUAAAAAGGAAGUGUAUUUAAAGGAAAACAAAAACUCUUUCAGUUAUCAAUAAGAAGACAAAUGUUCUUAAAUGCAGUCCAUUUUACACUUUCACACAAUCUUCUGUGAAUUUGCAUGUAGAAAUAAUUAAAUAAUAACGCUUUAUUGUGUCAAAAGCAAGUUUUCAUCGCUCAUGUGGCAUUGCAGUUUACCGCAAUAUUUUAUAUAGUGCUUUACUAACUUUAUACAUUAGUAUUAAAUGUUAAAAAUGAAGAAAAAUAAUAGAAAUCAUCGGAUUUUUGUAGGAAAAACACAGAAAUCAUACCUUGAUGAGAUUAGUCAGAUAAUUUAUUUGUUUGAAUCUUCAAGAUUAUUUAAGAUGUAGGAUAUUUCUUGGUUUUUUUUUUUUUUUUUUUUC